CGAAGUUGCCUUUAAGUUUAGUCGCUGGCACUUGUAACUUGUGCCCGUACUGCUCAGUGUAUUGCAGUGUAUUGUGUAGUAUAUAUGCCAGUUGCCAGUGAUUGCAAGUUUACACAAUAUAUAUCCAAUAUAUCUAUAGAAUCCAUGUACAGUUGAGUCCCAUCCUGUGGAAGGCUAGCUGUGAGUAGUUGGUAUUCAGUGUACAAAUAAUCCCCAUUACACUAUAAUUAUUUUAAUUAAAAAUUAAUAUUAAUAUUAUUUUUUAUUGAUUGUAGUCUCGUGAGCUAGACUCUUAGCUGUCGCUCUGGCAGGGUAAUUUUAUUUACCAAAAUCACUCCUGGUACACAGAGACAUUGGUACGAAAAGUCUUUGUAAUUCAGCGAUCAGUGACAGAGAGCAAGAGUGAGUGAGACAGAGGAUUGGAGAAGGAGAUGAUGAUGUUGAAAAUACAUGCGUGAAAAAUUGAAAGGAAGUGCGAUAAAAUGGCGUCAACAUCAUGCAACACGUCAUGAAGACCGUGGAGGAAGUGAAGGGGGACAAAGUGUGGACACGAAAUAAAAGACGAUAAAUAAAUAUAUAUUACAUUAUAUUAUAUUAUAGGGAUAAUUGAGGGUGUUGGUGGAGUUCAGAGACUAGGAGCGGCUGAGUGCCAGACAGAGACAUUUACAAUUAUAACAGACUACUGAUAUCUGUGUCUACUUUGUUUAAUGUGUCAUGAUCAUGUCUUGAUCAACUUGUGCACCAGUGCGGGUCUUUUAUUUUUAUUUAACUUUUUUUUUACUUAAACUUUUAGUUUAUUUUUCUUUAUUUUAUUAUUUGUCAUUGUCAUUGUGGUUAUUUUUAUUUUUCACAACUAUCGAGAGUAUCGUAAUCGUAAUAGUUUAUUAAGUGUUCGUAGAUGCUGACAUUGGAACUUUUUUUAUUGGCAGCAUUUCCAAGCUACAUGGUAGUUGGAGUAAUAAUAAAAAAAAAAAACAAGUUGAAAUAAUGCGUGAAUUCAAAGUUGUUGUACUUGGUUCGGGUGGGGUGGGCAAAAGUGCUCUCACCGUGCAAUUUGUAUCCGGAUGCUUUAUGGAAAAGUACGACCCAACGAUCGAAGACUUCUACAGAAAAGAAAUAGAAGUUGACAACUCGCCAUGUGUCCUCGAAAUCCUGGACACAGCGGGCACCGAGCAGUUCGCGAGUAUGCGGGAUCUUUACAUUAAAAACGGACAAGGGUUCGUGGUGGUCUACAGUCUGACGAACCACCAGACUUUUCAGGACAUUAAGGCCAUGAAGGAGCUGAUCACGCGGGUCAAGGGGACUGAAAGGGUCCCCGUUCUCCUGGUCGCCAACAAGCUCGACCUUGAGCACCAGAGGGAGGUCGACACCGCUGAGGGAAAUUCCCUCGCGGAGCUCUGGGGGUGCCCCUUCGUCGAGGCCUCUGCGAAAAACCGUACCAAUGUUAAUGAAGUGUUUGCCGAAAUAGUGAGAGAGAUGAACUUUAGUCCGGAGAAAGAAAAAAAAAGCUAUUGCUGUUGCAGUGUCCUUUAAUACUUAAUCAAAAGCCGCUGGGCCCAGACUGAUCAUACUUUUAACUGCAAGGCUACUGUGGAGAUGAUUUAUAAUUAUUAUUAUUGUCGAUUUAUUUAUGAUUAUUAUUGUAAUCACAAUAACAGUUACGAUUACUUCACAAUUGAACCGUUUUCUCCGCCAGGAAGUGUGCUGUGAAAAA